AUGUGUCUAUGGUCUAGUCUGUUAUCCGAUGUGUACGGUCUUGGUGAGAUGGCUCGGUUCCGCUUUACUAGACUUCCGGCGGUGCGAAGUGUCCUGUGUCUGCAUGCCACUCUCAACUGGCCUUGGGAGGUCCUGGAGUGGAGUGGACGUCCGGACUGGACGAGAGUGAUAAUAACUUGGCGAACAUACGCUCGGCCUAUUGUCUGUGUUCUCGAAUGCACAAUGGCACCACUUCAGAUCUCCACCAAUAGUGUAGAAAUGCCCGAACUGGGUCCCGUAGACAUCAGAUUUCCUCAUAUUGCACCUGAUUUGGCCACAUCCACAAUUCCCAGGAAUUUACUUCUGCAGACGACUUCUUUGAGUUCAAGAUGGCCCCUUUUAACCGGAAAGGUUCCACCAGCCUUCCUGCCAAACUCCGUCGGGCCGGAUGACUUUGUUUCCUGUUUCAAGCUUCUUCAUUCAGUCUUCAUAAGACUAAGUCCCGGCUGA